GGGCCGUGGGGCGGUGGCGGCGGCGGCAUGGCGGAGAGCGAGGCCGAGACCCCCAGCACCCCGGGGGAGUUCGAGAGCAAGUACUUCGAGUUCCACGGCGUGCGGCUGCCGCCCUUCUGCCGCGGAAAGAUGGAGGAGAUCGCCAACUUCCCGGUGCGGCCCAGCGACGUGUGGAUCGUCACCUACCCCAAGUCCGGCACGAGCUUGCUGCAGGAGGUGGUCUACUUGGUGAGCCAGGGGGCCGACCCUGACGAGAUCGGGCUGAUGAACAUCGAGGAGCAGCUCCCAGUCCUGGAGUACCCUCAGCCGGGCCUGGACAUCAUCAAGGAGCUGACUUCCCCCCGCCUCAUCAAGAGCCACCUCCCCUACCGCUUUCUGCCCUCGGAUCUCCACAGCGGCGAGUCCAAGGUCAUCUACAUGGCUCGCAACCCCAAGGACCUGGUGGUGUCCUAUUACCAGUUCCACCGCUCCCUGCGGACCAUGAGCUACCGAGGCACUUUCCAAGAAUUCUGCCGGAGAUUUAUGAAUGACAAAUUAGGCUACGGCUCCUGGUUUGAGCACGUGCAGGAGUUCUGGGAACACCGCAUGGAUUCAAACGUGCUUUUCCUCAAGUAUGAAGACAUGCACCGGGACCUGGCGACGAUGGUGCAGCAGCUGGCCAGAUUCCUGGGUGUGCCUUGUGACAAGGCCCAGCUGGAGUCCAUGGUUGAGCACUGCCACCAGCUCGUGGACCAGUGCUGCAAUGCCGAGGCCCUGCCGGUGGGCCGGGGACGAGUCGGGCUGUGGAAGGACAUCUUCACUGUCUCCAUGAACGAGAAGUUCGACUUAGUGUAUAAGCAGAAGAUGGGAAAGUGCGACCUCACGUUUGAUUUUCAUUUAUAGUAACUGAAACGCAGACUUGCAUGCUCACCCAGACCCUCCACUAGCUACAGUCCCGUAUGCGUUCAUUUAUUACUUGCUGGACAAAGUCUGGAAGCAGUGUGUGAAACAGUGGUGGUGGCAGUGGGGAAACAGUGGAGAAAUUGGAGGAUGUGUGAUUAUUUCCAAUUCAAAGCAGCUAUCUCACCUUUAGAAUUUGAAGUCUCUCCAUGUAUGAUUGGAAACAUUGUAAUAACUGUAGCUGCAGUGGACUGUAGGAUAAGUAUAAAGUAUGUAACAUAUGCAACCAGAAUGUAUACAUUUUACAGCUCCUUAUCAGUUAUGGUAUUUUAUAGAACUUUUCACUGGAAAUCUAAAUAAAUGUCAGUGGUAAACCAAAUAAACUUUCUUUUCUGAAGGGAGUCAGGAGUGAGCCACAACCGAAUGGUAGAAAGAUCUCAGGGUUAACUGUAUUUAUUUUUGUAGUUCUAUUAUCUAAGGCACAGCUAUUCAGUUCUCACUUGGUUCUGAGAUAAUUGUGAGAACAAAGAAUGAGUUGGGGUAUUGGGGGGGGGGUGCAGAUUUGUUUAUUCUCAUGGGGUUCGGUUCUUUGGAACCUUCCUGAAACAAAGCAGAAACUGUUGACUAGGUAUUUUCGGAAAGGAUGCAAGAGACUUCCAGUGGAUGGCUCUAAAGGCCUGAUUUAGAGAAAUUGCAGAACAUUCCGAGAGGGAAACCUGGAACGGGAGUCCAGCAGAUGGGAGGAGAAGGCUGUCAAUAGUAUUUGAAUGCAGUGACUAAAGAGUCAGCUACAAAGUGACUGAAAUGGGCUCAGAAUUUGAGUUUAAUUCCACGGUCUUUAUUUUUGUUUCCUGAAGCAGUAACCUACUUUUCCUGAGCAGAUGCCUAACAGUAAAUUUCUGAAAAUCCUGAGUCUUGAUCUAUCAUUCCUUUUGUUCAGUCCUCAGCCCUGGGGAUCUGUUUUGCAAGUUAAUGCCCCGUUUCACUUGGAUCAGGGUUGGCAGUUCUGCUUUAGCCUCUGCGUGCCCCAGACCUCAGUGUGUCUGAGGGAGUAGAGGUGGGAGCAUCACCACCCCGUUGCCUGCCUGACUUUCUGGCCCCAGUGUGGCAGGAGGAGCCACAGGGAGACGGCCCCGGCAGGAGCAGAGCCGCAGGGUGGUUUAUGUGCGUUUGGCUGCCUGUUAUUUAUGUGGUUGGGAAGUGCUCCAAGUGGCAGUGAGAAGGGUGGCUUCUGUGUGAAGGGUCCCUGUUCUGGUGGCUUCCUUUGAAACAGGUGCAGAUGUGUGCUUGUGUUUUAUUUUUUAAAGGAGACGCUGUGACACAGCAGGGGGAACAUGGCAUUGCAUGGUGGGCUUGGCAGCACCUUCCCGUGUGUAUCUGUGAGUGAGGCUGCUUUCUGUGAAAUUUCAUUUCUAUUUUUCUAUUUUUAGUACUGUAUGGAUAUUAUUAAGCACUAUACAUCAUACUUCUGUGCUUGCUUGCAUCUUUAAUAAAGACACGUUCCAUGCACUGUG